CUCUUUCAGCAGUCUACCUUUCCACCUUUCUCCUCCCGGGGCGCAGACGGUAGUUUUAUCUGUCCGAGGGUCGACGAGGGUUUCUGGUCUCACUGAGUCCAGUAUUUUAAGGAGGAUUAGAUCGAGUCCGGGUCUCCAGAGCGCGCCGGCUGCAAGAUGAGGAAGGCGCUGUAGUUCAGGUGCAGCCUGUUGAUCGGCUCUGGACUUCCCUUUUAUUUCCCAACCAGGACGCACGGAGCCGAGCUGACAGAGAUGCCAAGGGGAGGCAACAUGCCUCUGGUCCGCAGGAGGGCGAACGCACUCUGCGUGCUGAUGAUGCUCAACAUCUUUGUCUGCGUUCUGAUGGGCGUGUCGUGGAACCUCAGGCACAACAAGAGUGACCGCCACAAGGUUCAUAUCCCGACCGAGAGGUUUUGGCACCAACAGGUAGUGAGCAAAUCCUUCUGGAACAAGGAGCAGCAGCGCCUGGACUUCAUUUACAACCCCAACGUCAACUCUGUGCUCUCCAGCGACUCCCGGAUUGAGCUGCCGGAUUGGCUGAAUGACACCGGGCCGCUCAACCCCUGUGAACCAGAUUACAGAGUCCCCACACAAAUCUUGGACUACAAUUCCCUCCCGCAGCGAUUCCAGGAUUUUCUUUUGCACAUGCGCUGCCGGACAUACCCCCUGCUGAUUAAUCAGCCGCAUGUUUGUGAUGAAAAACCCUUCCUGCUGCUGGUGGUCAAGUCACUGAUCCCGCAUUUUGAGCGGCGGCAGGCCAUCCGUGAAACAUGGGGGCGAGCGGGCGUCUUCGGCAAUCGGACUGUGGCGACGGUGUUCCUGCUAGGCAACACCUUGUCGGUGGACCACUUCCCAGACCUGCUGGGGAUGCUCAGCCACGAGGCGGAGCUUCACAAAGAUGUCAUCCAGUGGGACUACAGGGACACCUUCUUCAACCUGACCCUGAAGGAGGUCCUCUUCCUGGGGUGGUUCAGCCAAAACUGUCCCCACGCCCAGUACAUCCUCAAAGGAGACGAUGAUGUCUUCGUCAACACCUUACGAAUUAUUGACUUCCUGGAAGGCCUGUCAAAUAACAAAGCCAAGGAUUUGUUCAUAGGCGAUGUUAUCAGCAAAGCCGGUCCACACCGAGACCGGAAACUCAAGUACUUUGUCCCAGAGGGCGUGUUUGAGGGGAUGUACCCGCCUUACGCAGGAGGCGGUGGAUAUCUGUACUCUGGGGAGUUAGCGCUACGCCUUCACAACAUAUCUCGGCAGGUAGUCUUGUAUCCCAUUGAUGACGUCUACACAGGGAUGUGUCUGGAAAAGCUGGGCCUGGUUCCUGAGAAGCACAACGGCUUCAAGACUUUUGACAUUGAGGAAAAGUACAGGUCCAACCCCUGCAUCUACAGAAGCUUGAUGCUGGUUCACAGCCGGACGCCGCAGGAGAUGUUGACGAUCUGGCCGUGGAUUAUCAGCCCUGAGCUGGACUGCCAGUGAAACAUCUUUGUUUAACGAUUGUUUGCACUGUUCACUUGUCAUUUCAACAACUUUCAAUUUAGUUAAAUCCUCAAGUCCAAGCAAAACCUCUGUAUUUUAAAGUUUAACAGUGUUUUCAGAUCUGUUGUUUUCUUUUCCAUGAGCUGUAUGUAAAAGAAAGCAUUUGGUGAAUGACUCCUCCAGAACCUGAAUUUGCACGCACAGUGACUGUAUACAAAUGUUAGUGUUGGUAUGUAAACGUUCUUGUGCCAUGUAAGCAGGCAAAUGUUGGGUUGAGUGGGAGUGUGCAACUUUAUACUUCUACUCCACUACACCUCAGAAGGAAAUAUUGUA